AUGGAUCCACUGAACCUGUCCUGGUACGAUGAUGAUCUGGAGAGCCAGAACUGGAGCCGGCCCUUCAACGGGUCCGAAGGAAAGCCCGGCAAGCCCCACUACAACUACUACGCCAUGCUGCUUACCCUGCUCAUCUUCAUCAUCGUCUUCGGCAAUGUGCUGGUGUGCAUGGCCGUGUCCCGCGAGAAGGCGCUGCAGACCACCACCAACUACCUGAUUGUCAGCCUUGCUGUGGCCGACCUCCUGGUGGCCACGCUCGUCAUGCCCUGGGUUGUCUACCUGGAGGUGGUAGGUGAGUGGAAAUUCAGCAGGAUUCACUGUGACAUCUUUGUCACUCUGGACGUCAUGAUGUGCACGGCAAGCAUCCUGAACCUGUGUGCCAUCAGCAUUGACAGGUACACAGCUGUGGCCAUGCCCAUGCUCUACAACACCCGCUACAGCUCCAAGCGCCGAGUCACUGUCAUGAUCGCCAUCGUCUGGGUCCUGUCCUUCACCAUCUCCUGCCCACUGCUCUUCGGACUCAACAACACAGACCAGAACGAGUGCAUAAUCGCCAACCCCGCAUUCGUGGUGUACUCCUCCAUCGUCUCCUUCUACGUGCCCUUCAUCGUCACCCUGCUGGUCUACAUCAAGAUCUACAUCGUCCUCCGCAGGCGCCGCAAGCGGGUCAACACGAAGCGUAGCAGCCGGGCUUUCAGGGCCAACCUGAAGGCCCCACUCAAGGGCAACUGCACUCACCCUGAGGACAUGAAACUCUGCACCGUUAUCAUGAAGUCCAAUGGGAGUUUCCCAGUGAACAGGCGGAGAGUGGAGGCUGCCCGCCGAGCCCAGGAACUGGAGAUGGAGAUGCUGUCCAGCACCAGCCCCCCCGAGAGGACCCGGUACAGUCCCAUACCACCCAGCCACCACCAGCUGACCCUCCCCGACCCGUCCCACCACGGCCUCCACAGCACUGCCGACAGCCCCGCCAAACCAGAGAAGAAUGGGCAUGCCAAAGACCACCCCAAGAUUGCCAAGAUCUUUGAGAUCCAGUCCAUGCCCAAUGGCAAAACCCGGACCUCUCUCAAGACCAUGAGCCGCAGGAAGCUCUCCCAGCAGAAGGAGAAGAAAGCCACUCAGAUGCUCGCCAUUGUUCUCGGCGUGUUCAUCAUCUGCUGGCUGCCCUUCUUCAUCACCCACAUCCUGAACAUACACUGUGAGUGCAACAUCCCGCCCGUCCUGUACAGCGCCUUCACGUGGCUGGGCUAUGUCAACAGCGCCGUGAACCCCAUCAUCUACACGACCUUCAACAUUGAGUUCCGCAAGGCCUUCCUGAAGAUCCUGCACUGCUGA